CCCCGGCCUCCCCCUGCCUCCCCAACCCCCGGCCUCUCCAUGAGCCGUAUGGCACUAAUGGGGUCAGGCAGAUGGGUGGGGACCAUGUCAUCCCCAAUAAAGAGAGCCUGUGUGUGUGUAGCAGGGGGCACUAUAUAAAAUGAGCAGUGCUGGCCCAUUACACUUUCAAAUGGGGAGCCCCUUCUGAGGAUUGGUUGGAGGCACAUCCUACAUGUCUCUAUCUCACACAGCAUGGUAGCCUACAGCAGAGGCAGUUCUAGGGGGCGACUCCCUCACACUCUGCCCUACGAAAGCGAAGUGCUGGGGCGCUGCCUGAAAAGGGCUUGGAUGGAGGGUUGUGUAGUGUAGACCAGUUCUCCUGAUGCUUCUCUAUCCGCCUCCUUCCUGUGCUUAAUGACACAGCAUUAAGCUAGGACGGCUCAUUCAUUGGCCAGCCCUGCCUGGUGGGUGGAUGAUGGAUACAUGUGCUGCUGUGGAUGAAUUUGGUAGUGUAAUUGAUUGACAAAAAUUAAAAUGAGGUGUUAGGUGAUUAAUUGAGAAGUGAGGGACUGGGAGGACAGGGAGGAAACUGCUGAUGAAUUACUGCUAUAGGCCUGUAGGCUAUUCAUUAUAUGGUGUUACAAUUAAUAGUUGUACAUGAAUGGUAAAUAACUGUAUGAGUGAUGGAGACCAGCUCUCGAAUUUGCAUUAUUUUUUUUAUUUUUUUUUGGCGAUACUAUGAAAAAUAUUUUUUUUAUGUUUAGGCUCUAAGGCUAUAUUUCAAUCGUCUAUAGUUCUAAAGUUUAGUUGUUACGUGCACAGGAUACAGCAGGUGUAAAACAGUAAAUGCUUAAUUGCGAGCUCUUUCCCAACAAUGCAGUAAUAAAAUAGAUAAGAAAAACCCGAGAAAUAGAAUAGCUGUGUAGGCUUAUUGUUUCAGCGCUUCACCCUGUAAUAGGUGUUGGACCAAGCUCUCGGGAUCAUUUCACAGAAUUUGGUGAUUAAUUAUGAAGCGGACAAUUCAAACAUCGCUUAUCAAAAUGGACCAUAGGGUUCUUAUCACAGGUUCAACAUCUCCCCCACUUCCCAUUGGUUAAUCUAGAAUUUAGCCGUGUUCAAUUGGUGCAUAGGGUUAACAAAAUCCUAUACUUCAGUAUGGUGACUCCACCCCUUUACUAGCGCGGAUACACAUCUACAACACAACAAAGCAUGCGUCCGGCUUCUGCAACAUUGUAACUUCACUGGAUGUACGGAAUAUACGGUUGCGUUGGAUUGAACUAGUUAUAGUUCUUCAUUGAUGGUAUUUCUAUUUUAGGUAAGCGCACGUUUGAAUGUAUUUCUGGCGGCUGAUGGGAUUUAGAGUUGGUGUUUAUUUGUUUUCUACAUUCGGCGCCAUUUUCAUACUAAGAUGAUUUAAAUGCCUACGCUAUAUGUAUCGCGGUGUAGCUGACGCGCACAGUGGUAAAAAUCAAACCUUAAUAAAUCAAUGAUUUGGAAAAGUUGAAGGAGAUCUGUGUUUGGACUACCUCCAAAUUCCAAUCUCUUCAGUGAAAAACAAGUGCAUGAAGUGAAUGAAUGACCAUGAUGAUUAGAAUGGGCACGCCAGGGUAUUUAAUUUGCCUGAACGCUUCACUGCUCGAGGAUAUUUUAUCCGAAUCGUGUGGCAUUUGUUUGUGGCCCAAUGAAUGUGAAAUAAAUAAUUCGACCUAAUUCAGCAUUUUUCUUACAAUAAUUGAAUACAAUUUCCCAACAUUUUAGAUGGCUAUUUGUAGUGCAGUGUUUUUGAUUAAAAUCAGGACAAUGAGGACAUUAUUAAUUUAUUCGAUUAUUACAAUAUUACAAACACUUCUGGGUCCUUUUUUCUUUUAGUUUUCUUUAGCAAGAUGGAGUGAUCUACGACUGUAUGUUAACUGUGUUCAAUAGUAAUUCAUCCCAUUGGCCAUCACUAGCCUACUAUCAAUCUCUUGAUGAGAAGUUAAAUGGCUUUUGUGUGUGCAGAUAUUCAACACAAAAACAUGGGCAGGAAUACAUAUAUAAACCCACAAGCAGUCCUUGCCAUGCUGAUAAUCAUGCCACCUUACCAUUGCACUUGACAUAACUUUGUACAAACAUCUCAGACUAAAGACUUUGAAACUUUCCUCCAUUUUCCCUGUAGUUGUAAAAGAGUGUGCCUGGCCUUGUUGCUAAAAUUACAAGAAAAGACUAGUAGGCUUAUUCUGUGUCUAGGAAAAUGUCCCAUAUCCUUAGUGUCUUUUGUUUUAACACAGUAGCCAAUGGACCACCAUCCAUCUUGUUCUUCUAUGUGUGCUCUGCCAGCAAUCGUCUUUAAGAACACAAUUAUUUCUAAGAAGACCUCCGCUCUGCUCUGUUAUCCUUCAUGAUGUCAGUUAUUUGAGCUGCUUUUGGUUUGACAUGAUUCACUCUUUUGCGUGUUACGUAUAAAUCCAUCUCUGCAGGAGCCAGGAGGCUAGCCUGAGUACAGUAGUGUGUCUGCUGCUGCUGCUGCCUGUAACACACUUAAGGGGGACUCAUCCAGUAAGCCCCUCCUCCAUUGAUACUGCUGGGAUAUAUAUAGCAAGAUGAUCUGUUAUGAAGGGAUGAAAACAUAAUGUGGGAGGGGCAAGAGAGCACUGAGAGAGACCUGAAAAAGAGAGAGAGAGAGAGAGAGAGAGAGAGAGAGUGUGUAUUAGUGAGCGUGGGCUGGUGAAGGAGAAAGAGUGAUGUUGCAUUAGUUUAGUGUUGUUGUUUGCCAAGUAGGGUUGGGCGGUAUCCAGAUUUUCAUAUCGUCAUACCGUCCUUCUCUCAUCCCAGGAUUUAGGGUAUUACCGGCUUAGUACACAAGGGGGUGCCAGAAAAAGCCAAUUGGGCGUCCAUUACCAGAAUGCUAACAAAAUUAGCACAAGUAAUAGAGAAUUUCCAUGGAGGCUGCUAGCGAAAUAUGCUAACGAGCGCAAAUGAAAAUAAAUAAAUUGCAAAGGCAGGCAAUCCAGCUCAUAAAGUUAUACAUAUAUAGGUAGGCGCUACCGAAUGUCAUUUUUGGUGAGUUUGGACAUUUACAAGAUAAUAAUAAUAAUAAUAAUAAUAAUAAUAAUAAUAAUAAUAAUAUGCCAUUUAGCAGACGCUUUUAUCCAAAGCGACUUACAGUCAUGCGUGCAUACAUUUUUGUGUAUGGGUGGUCCCGGGGAUCGAACCCACUACCUUGGCGUUACAAGCGCCGUGCUCUACCAGCUGAGCUACAGAGAACCACGAUAAUGUGAACGAGAAACAUUGUGCAAAUGAACACAGUUUUGAUGCAUGCUUGUCUGUAGGAAGAACAGUACUGGCUCUGGAGCAGCAUGUGUAGGCUACACGCUCUGUCUGUGUGGAGUCUGGAGUCACUAGGGCAACGGGCCUGCCUGCUCUGCUCAGAGAAGAGGGGAGAGGAGCAGACUUGGCCAAGAACGGAAAAGGAGAAAAACGCAAGGAAAUCAAAAGAUAGCAGUGGCAGCUGUACAGAACUCAUCCAAACGGCUUGGAAACGAACACAAUAUGAUGCCCCUGUGACAUUAUUAAUUCAGCCACUUACUUAGAUAAUUAGCAAGUUAAAUUUACGGGUCGCGUUAACGCAGAAUUCUUCGUUUUCACACAGGAAAAAUAGAUGAAACGCAUAAGAAAUAACUUUCAGUUUUGUAAACGCAUAUCUAAAAUGCUUCUAAUUGUAAUUUCUACUCGGCAUCAGACUAAUGUUGUGCUUCAGUUGCACUUCUCCACUCGGAUGAGAAUUCACCAACGGGCAUUCUAUAAGCAGACAGCGCUCUGACUGAUGUCUAGCUACGUUUCUCAGGUACUUUUUUCGGUGUAGCCAGCCUACUUUUCUCUGGUAAAAUGCAAGAUGAACUUUAAGUAAAACAUUAGGAAAUGUAGCUGGCUACAUUCUAUGACAAACAUUAGAAAUAUGAUGGCCAUGCAUUGUUUUUGCAAAAAAAGACCUUGCUUUUUCAUUGUAAGCUCAUUUACUUGUGUGGCUGCCAGCCAAAUAGCAUUGCACUUCUGUUGUCAUCUGAUGAAAAUGAUGCUAUUUUCUGCCGAAUGUGUUGCACUAAUGUAUUUUCUGUGAAGGGAAACUAUAGUUGCACAUCCCUGAUCACUCUAGUGAAGCAAAAUAACACUUAACUUUCAAUAUAAAACACGACCCCUGUCAAUACACAGCUGGACUCACCUGCUCCCGCUUUCCCCCAUUGUACUAUUUACAAACAAACACGUGACUGGCUCAACUGUUCUGGGGAACUACGUUAACCUUCAUAAUGUGACAGGUGAAAUGAAGAACGCAAUCUUUGUUUGUCUCCUAACGUAUUGCACAAGUGGACUGCAGGUAUUUACUUAAAAAGUAGCUGCAAAUAUUAAAAGUUCAAAUAAAUAGUUUUGACGGUAUUGUAAAACCAUCCCAUGGCUAUUUUCAAAUACCCCGGUAUCCGGUGUAUACAGUAUAAUGCCAAAGCCUAGUGCCAAGGGCCAAUACUCUGCAUACAGUACAAGAUAAGAAGUCAAUUGCUCUUUUUUUAAGAGUGAGUUUUUUAAAUUCUCUGAUAAGAUCCAGAGUUUAAAAUGUUAUGUCUUUAUUCCAAAUGUGAGUGGACUGUGGACUUGUAUAUUGUAUAUCCACAGCAUGUCUAGAUACUGUAGUUACAGGCACGAUCAUUGACAAACAUGUCAUCGAUAUUAUCCAUUGACAAUUACAGUAUGUAAAAAUAAAUAAAUAAAAUGUUGUAUUGUCACAUACACCCGGAAAGGUGCAGUGAAAUGUGUUGUUUUACAGGGUCAGCCAUAGUAGUACGGCGCCUCUGGAGCAAAUUAGGGUUAAGUGCCUUGCUCAAGGGCACAUCGACAGAUUUUUCACCUUGUCCGCUCAGGUAUUCAAACCAGCGACCUUUUGCAUACUGGCUCAACACUUUAACCGCCUGCUAUGGGCAGCAGGUAGCUUAGUGGUUAAGAGCGUUGUGCCAGUAACCGAAAGGUCGCUGGUUCUAAUCCCCGAGCCGACUAGGUGAAAAAUCUGUCGAUGUGCCCUUGAGCAAGGCGCUUAACCCUAAUUGCUCCUGUAAGUCGCUCGGGAUAAGAGCGUCUGCUAAAUGACUAAAAUUUAAAAUGUAAAUGUCUACCUGCCGCCCUAUUGACAGACAUGUCAUCGAUACUAUUCAUUUACAAAUAUGGAUUAUCUCCAGUACCACAAGACACACAGAUAUGAACACUUCUGCAGUAAUGUACCACUAAUGUACAGAUAUCACCUUCAAUCAAUUGGCUUUGGCAGAAGUCCGAUUUAAACUGGAUUGAACCUAAUUGUAGGCUUGGCCUGCUCCUUCAGCCCAACCACAGUCGAUCAAUGGGAUGACUCCAUUCAGCCUGGUCCCCAAGUGGUUCAGGUUACAGCAUCAGAACCAUCUGUGGGGUAUUGAUUAGGUUGAAACGGAGAGCUGAAGAUAAGCUUACACACUAGAAGACUAAAAUACCUACGUGGGCAAUACCCAUUAUAGCUUAGAGUUUAAUUCAGUUUAAGAACUAGCCAGUGUAAAGCCCUUUGCACUGCUUUUUUUUUUUUUAAUCAAUGGGUUAGUGUUAGGGGUUUGUAUAUCAACGUUGCUGAGAGCAUUGUGAAUGUUCUUUUGAAACAAUUUGCAUAUUCCAUUUGGGUGUGUGUGUCUAUGUGAAUGACUGUAGCCAUGAAUCGGUGAGUAUCUGUGAGAGGAUGCAUGUUUGUUUGUAAAUGUGUUUGUGCGUGGGCAUGUGUGAGCCUGCCUGUAUAUCGCUGUGCAAGCGUGUGUGUGUGUGUGUUUACUGAUAUCUUUGCCAUUCAUUUCCUUUAAUUUUGACUUUGGGCCAGGUGGGAGGGGUUAAUAGGUGGGAGGGGCUUAACACAAACCAUGAUUCAGCACAGCAGAUCACCACGUCCUGCCAGAUCUCCUCUGAGAGAGAGCGAGAGCGAGAACUAGAGCGAGCGAGAGAAAGAAGGAGGGAGAUGGGAGAUAGGAGAGGAGAGGAAGAGAGAUAAUCUCACUUGGAGCCUGAUUAACACUAAACUCCAGGCUAAAUCCCACUCACUAAGCUCACUCUCAGCACCUACAAAGCAUGUUUCUGUUUCUCAGUUCCCCUAUAGGGCAAAUAUGAUCCAAUGUGCUUAAGGGCCAGUGUUGGUGCUGGGGGAUGUGGUUUGGAUGGUGAUGGCUGCUACUCAGAUUCACACCAACUAUGAAUGAAUGAAGAAAUGUCCUCAGCCUGAUACCACAGAUCGAUUACACUGCUUAGUGUUGUGUGUGUGUGUAGGUCUGAGUGAGAGUGAAAGUGUGUGUGUGUGUGCGCACUGCAGUCGGUGACAUGAGAUAUCCUAAUGAGUCUACAUCGUCCUGAGAACCUGCAGCAUUAUACCCCUUCUCCACAAGCUCUGCUCCACACACACACACACCCACACAGAUAGUUGCACACACCCAUGUUGACUCCAAUGCUUCCCACAGUUGUGUCAAGUUGGCUGGAUGUCCUUUGGGUGGUGGACCAUUCUUGAUACACACGGGAAACUGUUGAGCGUGAAAAACCCAGCAGCGUUGCAGUUCUUUACACAAACCGGUGCGCCUAACACCUACUACCAUACCCCGUUCAAAGGCACUUAAAUUUUUUGUCUUGCCAAUUCACCCUCUGAAUGGCACACACACCCAAUCCAUGUCUUAAUUGUCUCAAGGCUUAAAAAUCUUUCUUUAACCUGUCUCCUCCCCUUCAUCUACACUGAUUUGAAGUGGAUCUAACAAGUGACAUCAAUAAGGGAUCAUAGCAUUCACCUGGAUUCCCCUGGUCAGUCUAUGUCAUGGAAAUAGCAGGUGUUCAUAAUGUUUUGUACACUGUGUAUAUAUGGCUCUGAUAGUAACAACAUGGCUACAACGUAACAUAACACAGCUAGCAUAGCACAGCUGUCCUAUAGCAUCUUAUCCACCCCCCUUUCCUGUCCUAUAGCAUCUUAUCCACCCCCCUUUCCUGUCCUAUAGCAUCUUAUCCACCCCCCUUUCCUGUCCUAUAGCAUCUUAUCCACCCCCCUUUCCUGUCCUAUAGCAUCUUAUCCACCCCCCUUUCCUGUCUUAUAGCAUCUUAUCCACCCCCCUUUCCUGUCCUAUAGCAUCUUAUCCACCCCCCUUUCCUGUCCUAUAGCAUCUUAUCCACCCCCCCUUUCCUGUCCUGUCCUAUAGCAUCUUAUCCACCCCCCCUUUCCUGUCCUGUCCUAUAGCAUCUUAUCCACCCCCCCCCUUUCCUUUCCUGUCCUAUAGCAUCUUAUCCACCCCCCUAUCCUGUCCUAUAGCAUCUUAUCCACCCCCCUUUCUUGUCCUAUAGCAUCUUAUCCACCCCCCUUCCCUUUCCUGUCCUAUAGCAUCUUAUACAACCGCCCCCCCCCCUCCCUUUCUUUAGUCAUAAGUGCAUCCCAAAUGGCACCCUAUUCCCUACAAACUGCACUACUUGUGACCAGGGCCCACAGUCCCGUAGGGGACUAUAAAGGAAUAGGGUGCCAUUUGGAACGCAGCCUCUGAGAUGGUCGGAGCAUCUGACGUGCACCUGACCCAACAGCUGAACACAUUGCUCACCCAUAUCUGCAGGGCGAUCUUUAUCUCUGGCAGCUAGUUAGCCUAAUGAUGGUUGAUUUAUACAGUAGUAAUGAUGGUUGAUUUAUACAGUAGUAAUGAUGGUGGUGAUGACAGCUGGCCUACUGGAGGUAGAAAAUGAUAGAAAUGUAAGACAUUAUAGGGCCUCUAUGCACUAUGGAAAAGGGAUUUCACAGUCUAAACAGUGUUGACUGACGGUGUUUGACAAUUAAUACAGUAGUAAUCAUGGUUGAGUUAUACAGUAGUAAUCAUGGUUGAGUUAUACAGUAGUAAUCAUGGUUGAUGGAUGGGACAGUUGGUAUGCGUCCCAAAUGGCACCCUAUUCCCAUAGGGUUCUGGUCAAAGGUAAUGCCCUAUAUAGGGAAUAAGGUGCCAUUCAGGACACACAUUUGACCUAUUGGAUUCUAUAGGCUAAAUUUAAAUUAUAGAACUAUAGUAGGGCUGACCUCAUUUAGUCGACUUGUCGAUUGUUUGAUGGAUAUACUGUUGGUCGCCCGAGAUUUCUCUAGUCCAGCAGUAGCAAAACAAAUCUAUAAUUCAGGUUGUUAAAGACACCUGUCUGAUUCACGCCUGUCUGAGUGGACUAAUCCAUUGUGGAGGCCGUGGGGAAGGCACAGUCCAUCACUCUAAGACAUGCUACUGAAAUUGUAUAUGGUUAAGGACAAUGGUGCAACACUAAUAAAAAUAAUAUUAUCUUAUUACAGAUGCGCUUUCUCUGUCGCUGUCCCCAGUUCUGAAACACCAGUGCGCUGUUGAAUUGCCGCCUUUUCCUAGACCAUUUUGCUAAGUGCAUAAUAGCUAAGUUAACCAGCAUAUUUGUGUUGAGAACAAUGCGGCGGAGGCAGCAGCGGAGUUAGGAGAUGAGAAAACAGCCCUUGCCUUAAUUGUCCAAGAAAAGUGAGGAGAGCGGAAACCCCAACUUAAUUAGGUCUAUAAUCUAUAGCCUAACUGUUAAAUGUGCCUGGCUUUAUAAGUCAUCCAUAUAUAUUUACAGAAAUAAGACAGAUCCUGCUUCUGUUGCCUGUUUGAGUGUUUGUUUAAUAGCCUACUGAUUCCUUGAGCAACAAGCCUCACGCAACCACAACAUGUCGGAUAAACAAUACUUAUAAUAAUAAGUAAUAUCAUUAUCAUUAGUAGGCUUAGUAUAGCAGCCUGGUAAAACCAACAUCCAGCUGUUGGCCUAAGAGCACAUCCUGUUUAGUCUUAAUACCGUAACUUAGGCCUAUAUUUCAAUAUCUUAUAUAGGCUACUGUAUCAAUCAAUCAUUCAUUCGUUCAUGCCGUCACACAGCACACGAGUCAUUCAUGAUUUGAAAUGCAAUCAAGCAUUUUAGUUUAAAAAAUAAAAUGACAAAGCAACCCUUUAAUAAUUAGCGUAAACAAUAACUAACUAAAUCGUUGCAUUUCUGCAAUUCCAUUCAUGAAUGCAUGCAACUUUUUUUGUCUUUGCUGUAAUAAAGGCUUUACAAAAAUAAAGACUUACAACAGACUCUCUGGUAUGCUUAUAAUGCAUUUAGUGUUGUUUACAUUGUUCCAACCGGUCAGAAAAAUUAUAUUGUAAUCUAUACAGCACCUGUUUGGCACACAUAAUAUGCACGCAGCGCUUGCUCCUAACCUUCUUUUUCUUGAUCUCCAGUAUUUUACACAACCAGUCAAAUGUAUUCCACACAUCCGACUUCCCCUUUACCUCCUGAGCAACCAGUAAACAUUCCCCCGUUUCGAGUUUAUUUGUCACGUCGUCUGCAUCCAUUUUGCUGCCACAUGUGUUACGGCGUUCAGAGUUUGUUAUAACCAAUUUAUUGAUGUGAUUAUGAAAUGCAAUAGGUCAGGCCUAUUGAUCACGUGCAUGCGAUGCAUACGUGUCAAAUAAAGAGAGCAAGGGUUGAGGGAAUAGGGAAUGUUUUUCCUAAACAAAUGAGGGAUUUCUGUAACAGAACUUCCGCAACAUGGACAGCGCGAUUCUGUGAUGGUCGCUGCAGCAGGGAGGAGAGCAAGACAAUGGGUGCUAGUCACACAGUCACUCACUGUAAAAAUAAAUGUACACAGCGCAGCAAGUCUGAGCCGGCCCGGCACAAUCAAAUCAAUUGCGUUGGGACUCCCUCUAGUCAUUUGUGUGUCUUAAUUAUUUCAUCAAACAGUUCGCUUAAAGCAUCAGACAAACUCAAUGCAUAUAGUUGAUUUGAUUAAAACACUUAGGAUUUGUCUAUAUAUGGAAAAAUACAAGUUUUAAAAUGUCUACCAAUCGAUUGGUCGAAAGAACAGAUGACUCUCGGUCGACCAAUUUCUUUUGGGUCGGGGACCUACAGUAUAAGAAUAAAUUAUAGGCCAACAGGGAGGGAACCUUGAGUGUGUAAAAAUAGCAACAAUUUGAUGAAGUGUGGCUGAACUGCCAUGCUGAGUCUGACUCUAACCAGCUUUGACUGUGUUUGACAAUUUCAGUCCACUAUCCUUGUAUCUCGCCUAAACAUAGGAUGCCUCCCAAAUGCCACCCUAUUUCCUAUAUAUUGCUCUACUUUUGACCAGGGCCCUGGUCCAAAGUAGUGCACUACAUAGGGAAUAGGGUGCCAUUUGGGACAGAGACACAGUGUGGUUGUGAGAGUCCCUGUUACUUCUCAGGGUGUCUUUUAACAGUCACAACCACCAGGUUAGCAGCUGGACCAGAGCUGCUCAGCUGGCCUUUAGCAUAGAAUCUAGAUGUUACCUAGUGAAGACAAUGCAGGAGGCAGGCGGGAGGCAGCAGCAGACACAAGCCGUCUCAUCUGGUCCAUUAACACCAUGUCUGUUUCCUGACUAUCACCAUUGAGAUGACGCUACAUUAAAAGACCCAGAGGAGAUCCUGAGCACUGAGGCGUACACCACGCUGUGUGUGUGUUGACCUAGGGAACAGGCCUAUGGGGGGUUGGGGGAAGGGAAGGGAAGAGCUGGAUUAGUUAGAGUGCACCACAGUUAUUGGUCACUGGACUCAAACAAUGGGAGGACUAAAGAGGAUUUGGUCUCUGUGGUGCCCCCUCCUCCCCUCCUCUCCUCCAUACCCCUGCUGUCCCUAUAGCUCUGUGUGUCACGCACCCCCUGGGGUAAGGACAGCCGUGUGUGUGCAGCUGGAAGAUCUGCCACCAUGUCUAGCUAAGCGUCUCCCCACCCCGCCCCCCCACUGUAUGGUAGACCUAGACAUAUGAUGAACUAUUAGCCUACAUGUUGGACAAUGACAACAACUACCAGCAUCAGACUAGCCUAGAUGCUAACAGUGGGCUAAGUAGAUGCAAUCUCUCUUAACACUGUAUGGAGGGCUAUUAGACAUAUGCACAAUGAACUGCUAUGAUCUAACACAAGUACGCUGAUGCUGCUGCCAGUCUUUCAAGGACAGCCUCACAACUGCAGCCAAGCUCACGUAGUGAAGUGAAGUGAAGUGAACACAAUAACUGUCCAUUUACUUCUCAGAAGCCCGGUAUGUCCUGCGAAUUUCUAAACCAAUUUAGUAGUGAUGCAUUGUCAUGCAAUGUUCCAUUGGGACAUCUUGGCCCAGCGUGUGAAGCCGGCAGGGCCACAGCGGUUGGAUGAAAGAGCCGUGUUGGGUUUAGUGCUGAGGAUGAUACUGACUGGCGCUGUAUUAAUGGACCUCCAGGCUGCUACAGAGCAGAAACACUCCAUUGUGUGUGUUGUUAAUGAGCCUCUGGUAGACACACACUGUGGUGAGCUGCCUGUCUCUCAAGAGGUCCUCCCAGACACACACACACACACACUCAUUCAACAAGAGGUGCCAUUGUGCAGUGGAGUGGGAUACACUCAGAACUCCAUAUGAAAAAGAGAGAGUGUGUGUUUUAGAGAGCAUGUAGUCUGUGGGUGGAAUAUUUGAUCAAGUACUCCAGUCUGAGAAAGCAUAGUAGUAGCUCAUGCUAUAGAAUGGCACCGCUGCAUCACUGUUGACUGUCCGUAAUCAUGUCUUGCAUGUGUGUAUAUUGCUGUGCAUUAUCCAACACGACAACACACAUUACCUUUCUUUUUCCUGUCCCUGACCCCUCCAUGUCAUGUUCUCCUUGCAGUGUACCAUGACGACAGAGGCUAGCGCGGUGGGCGAGGCGGACACAGAGGGCAAGCCGAAGCCCAGCGUAGCAGAGGCAGAUGUAAAACCGGAGAACAAGCAGAGCCCAGAGCCAGAAGCAGCAGCAGCAGCGGAGCCAGAGCGGGAGAAGCCCAGCCAGAAGGCCCAGGAGCAGGCCUCAGAGCCUGGCCCCACAGAGAGCCCUACCUCCCCCACCACCACCACAGCUGAGGAGGAGCAGCUAGUGAAGCCCCGCCAGCGCACCUCAGCCGGCCGGGGCCUCUCACGCCUAUUCUCCUCCUUCCUCAAGCGGCGCUCGCAGUGCACAGACGUAGAGUGGGCUGAGGUCGAGAAGGCAGAGAAGGAGACUAAGGAGAAAGAGAAGGCAGAGGCUGGAGCAAAGGAGGAAAGGUUAGAGCAGGCCAAGGGGGAGGAGAAGAAAAAAGCAGAGGAAAGGGGGGAGAAGAAAGAAGUGCUGAAAAAAGAGGAGGAAAAGGUUGAGAAGCAAGAGGAGGAAGAGGCAGCAAAGAAAGAGGCAGUGAAGAAAAGAGAGAGGAGGAAGAGGCAGCAAAGAAAGCAGAGAAGAAGAAAGCCAACGAGGAAGGAAGAGGCAGACAAAGGAAAGCAGAGAAAGGAUAGGAGAGGAGGAAGAGGCAGCAAAGAAAGCAGAGAAGAAGAAGAGAGAGGAGGAAGAGGCAGCAAAGAAAGAGUCAGUGAAGAAGAAGAAAGAGGAGGAAGAGGCAGCAAAGAAAGAGUCAGUGAAGAAGAAGAAAGAGGAGGAAGAGGCAGCAAAAGAAAGCGAGAGAAGAAGAAGAGGAGGAAGAGGUAGAAGAAAGAGAGAAGAAGAAAGAAACAGAGGACGAGGCAGCCAAAGAAACGCGAAGAGAAAGAGGAGGAAGAGGCCAGCCAAGAAAGCGAAGAAGGAAAGAGGAGGCAGAGGGCAGCAAAAGAAAGCGAAGACGAAAGAAGCGAAGAAGAAAGAGGAGGAAGAGGCAGCAAAGAAAGCGAGAAGAAGAAAGAGGAGGAAGAGGCAGCAAAGAAAGCGAAGAAGAAAGAGGAGGAAGAGGCAGCAAAGAAAGCAGAGAAGAAGAAGAAAGAAGAGGAAGGGGUAACGAAGAAAGAGACAGAGCAGAAGAAUCAAGAGGAGGAAGAGGCAGCAAAGAAAGCAGAGGAGGAAGAGAGAGGAGGAAGAGGCAGCAAAGAAAGAGGAGGAGGAGGAAGCGGCAGCAAAGAAAGAGGAGGAGGAGAAAGAGGCAGCAAAGAAAGCAGAGAAGAAGAAAAGAGGAGAAAGAGGCAGCAAAGAAAGCAGAGAAGAAGAAGGAAGAGGAGGAAGAGAAGAAGAAAGGGGGGGAAAAGACAACGAAAACAAACCAAAAGGGGAAGAAGAAAGAGAAGGAAAAGAAAGAGGAGGAGAAGGAGGAAGAAGAGGAGAAAGACAACGAAAAAAAAACAAAGGGGGAAGAAGAAAGAGAAGGAGAAGGGGAAGAAGGAGGAGGAGAAUAAAGAGGUAAAGAAGAAAGAGGAGGGGAAGGGGAAGAAGAAACGGAAGGGCAAAAAGAAAGCAGUGGAGCCGUCCACAACAGAGGUGCAGGUGAAAGCCCCCAUCGCUGCCCCGGAGCCAGAGCUCAGAGCGGAGGCAGAGGGGGAGGCUGAACAGGAGAUGCAGGAGGAGCCUGUAGAGGCCCAGGACCAUCACUCCAUCAGCAGCGCAGAGACACAGGUGAGUGAGGGAGACAGACAGUGAACUUCUCACCUAGGGCAUGGGUGCACAACUCUGUUCCUUGGGGAACGCUAUCCUGCAGUUUUUUUGUUCUGAUUUAGAUUGUGGGAGAACAGCUUUUGCAGUGCGCAAAAAAAAAGAAAAUACAGAAUUAUAUCUAUACUGAACAAAAUAUAAACGCAACAUGUAAAGUGUUGAUCCAAUGUUUCAUGAGCUGAAAUAAAAGAUCCCAGAAAUGUUCCAUAUGCACAAAAAGCGUAUUUUUCUCAAAUGUUAUGCACAAAUUUGUUUACAUCCCUGAUAGUGAGCAUUUCUCCUUUGCCAAGAUAAUUCAUCCACCUGACAGGUGUGGUAUAAUCAAGAAGUUGAUUAAAGAGCAUGAUCAUUACAAAGGUGCACCUUGUGCUGGGGACAUUAAAAGGCCACUCUAAAAUGUGCAGUUUUGUCACACAACACAAUGCCACAGAUGUCUCAAAUUUUGAGGGAGCGAGCAGUUGGCAUGCUGACUGCAAGAAUGUCCACCAAAGCUGUUGCCAAAGAAUUGAAUGUUCAUUUCUCUACCAUAAGCCGCCUCCAAAGUCAUUUUAGAAAAUUUGGCAGUACGUCCAACCGGCCUCACAACCGCAGCUACGUGUAACCACGCCAGCCCAGGACCUCCCCAUCUGGCUUCUUCACUGUUGGGAUCGUCUGAGACCAGCCACUCGGACAGCUGAUGAAACUGAGGAGUAUUUCUGUCUGUAAUAAAUCUCUUUUGUGGGGAAAAACUAAUUCUGAUUGGCUCGGCCUGGCUCCCAGUGGGUGGGCCUGGCUCCCAAGUGGAUGGCCUGGCUCCCCAGUGGAUGGGCCUAUGCCCUCCCAGGCCCACCCAUGUCUGCGUCCCUACCCAGUCAUGUGAAAUCCAUAGAUUAUGGCCUAAUGAAUUUAUUUCAAUUGAUUUCCUUUAAUGAACUGUAACUGAAAUUGUUGCAUGUUGCGUUUUAUAUUUUUGUUCAGUAUAUUAUUAAAAGUGUCAAUGAGUUGCCUUCCCAUUUUCUUUUACAAUGCUGUUAUUAUUUUGCACAUUGAGGGGCUGCUUUGCAGCAGACUGAAGAUGUAGGCCAAUGAGUCUCAGGUGAGAGACGGGAGUAAAAAAUAAAUGAAGUGAACAUCAAGCACAGAAACUGAAGGAACAUGUUACCCAGAGUCUGAUCAACAACAUAGCAUUCAGAGAAUAGCUACACUGAAGACACUCAGCGUAGCAGAAGAGAGAGAGAGGUACAGGACAAAACAUCAACUCAUUUGUAGCUUGAGUAGGGUGGGCUGUUAACUCAGCAGAACUGACUAGGCUGGUCUGUGCUGGUCUAGAGCCCCCUAGAUCUAGCCUGUGUUAGGAAAAGUACUGUUUCAAGUAAUGCUGUAAUAACUUAAGUAACAUUGCUGUUACAUAGUAAUCUAGUACUGCUAAUCUAGUAGUGCUGAGCGAUUAACUGACAUUUCUGUUAUUUUUCAGUUUUUAAACAACUAAUUGACCGAUGUUGGUUCAAUUAUUUGAAUUCCAUUUCAUAUCGAUUUUUUUUAGCUUGAUGCUCAGUUUGUGUAGAGAUAAAUCAGAUCAAGCCCGAACUAUGCGAUGUAGUAGGGAGUUGAAGUUUCCAACAGGCCAAUAUUCUACAUAUUUUACUGCAGAAAAUGUGGUAAUUGACUACAAUGAACAUAAUCCAUUGCGCACCCACUUACUUGUCCGGUCUCGGUCUGUGUGGAGCAGAGAGGAGAGAGAACAAGUGAGGGGGAUAGAAAGCAGUUGCUUUGCGAGGUACACUACUGUUCAAAAGUUUGGGGUCACUUAGAAAUGUCCUUGUUUUGCAAAGAGAAAGUCCAGUGUCUGUGUUCUUUUGCCCAUCUUAAUCUUUUUUUUGUAUUGGCCAGUCUGAGAUAUGGCUGUUUCUUUGAAACUCUGCCUAGGUCAGCAUCCCAGAGUCGCCUCUUCACUGUUGACAUUGAGACUGGUGUUUUGCGGGUAAUAUUUAAGGAAGCUGCCAGUUGAGGACCUGUGAGGCGUCUGUUUCUCAAACUAGACACUCUAAUGUAUUUGUCCUCUUGCUCAGUUGUGCACCGGGGCCUCCCACUCCUCUUUCUAGUCUGGUUAGAGCCAGUUUGCGCUGUUCUGUGAAGGGAGUAGUACACAGCGUUGUACGAGAUCUUCAGUUUCUUGGCAAUUUCUCACAUGGAAUAGCCUUCAUUUCUCAGAACAAGAAUAGACUGACGAGUUUCAGAAGAAAGUUAUUUGUUUCUGGCCAUUUUGAACCUGUAAUCGAACCCACAAUUGCUGAUGCUCCAGAUACUCAACUGGUCUCAAGAAGGCCAGUUGUAUUGCUUCUUUAAUCAGCACAACAGUUUUCAGCUGUGCUAACAUAAUUGCAAAAGGGUUUUCUAAUGAUCAAUUAGCCUUUGAAAAUGAUAAACUUGGAUUAGCAAACAGAACGUGCCAUUGGAACACAGGACUGAUGGUUGCUGAUAAUGGGCCUCUGUACGCCUAUGUAGAUAUUCCAUAAAAAAUCUGUCGUUUCCAGCUACAAUAGCCAUUUACAACAUUAACAAUGUCUACACUGUAUUUCUGAUCAAUUUGAUGUUAUUUUAAUUGACAAAAAAUGACAUUUCUAAGUGACCCCAAACCUUUGAACGGUAGUGUAUCUCUAACUGAAAAUACAUGAUCUAAGUGAUUGGUUGUUUAUUUAUUUUUAUUUAGCAUUUAUUUAAACAGGGAGUCACAUUGAGAUAAAAAAAUCUAUUUUACAAGAGAGCCCUGUACAUUAAAAACAGAAUAAUAAAACAACAUACUAUAAACAAAACGCAGAUUUUCCCAAAUCUGUGGAGACUAAAGGGAUCUCUAGUGUUAUCCAUUCCUGAGAACGGGUUUGGUAACUUAUGAUUCUUAACUUCAUUAAUGAAGUUACAUAUGGAGGGAGUUUCUGUCAGAUCGCUUUGUAAAUAAAUAAAAGAGAAUGCAUAUCUCUUCUUACAGACAGAGAUGUCCAGCCCACAUGUUUAUACAGACUACAAUGAUGAGUCCUAAAAUUGUCCCCUGUGAUAAAACGUAUUGCGGAAUGGUAGACUGCGUCCAAGGGUUUCAAAACAGAGGUUGCCGCAUGCAUGCAUGUAGUUGGUAUUCAACAGUCCUAAAAGUAUGCCUUAUUUACUUUGAAGAACUACUAAAAUAGUGAUUUUGUCAGACAGCAUAGGCAGCAGCUCUAUAGAGAUGAGAUGAUUACUUGGAAUGAAAUAAUAAAGUAAUCAAAUAAAAAUUUUUUUUAUUAAAGUAACUAAUGUGAAGAAAGUAUGGUUAAUAAGUGAUAAGAAGUAAUGGGCAGUUGCUAACAUCACAGGACUUUUAUUAAUUGUUGUAUUCUGUGUUACAGCAUUCAACCCACAUAAUGCAUGGUGCAUUUAUUAUCUAAAACAAAUAAAUAGAAACCGAAAUCAAAAACUGAGAUUAUUCUUUUUUUAAAUCAAACCGAAACCGAACCAACCUCAAAAAACACUAAUCGCUCAGCACUAUAAUCAAGGACAUGUGAGUUCAAGUGUAGUUGGAAGAGAGAAGAGCAUGGCGGGAUGAAAGUUGUUUGUUAUAACACAAGUGGAAGAAGGACUGCCGUGCAUGUUCCACGUGUUAUAACAAAAAUGUUCACAGUGCCAAGCUCUUCUCUCUAACAACUACACUGGAAGCCACUUGUCCUUAUUUCCUGAGGAUAAUGACUGCUUUAUAUUCUGAGUCACUCUGUCUAUUACAUAAAUGUAACUGUCUUUAAUUAGAAAUGAAACAUCCUGACAACAUGUCUGUCAUAUGACCUUUCUGUGACCCCCUAGCCAGCACAGGAGGAGCAGAAGGCGGACACUGAGGUAGAGAAGGAGGCGGUCGUAGAGGAGGUAGAGAUGAAAGAAGAAACAGAGGAAGAGCUGGCCGAGCAGAUGGAGGAGGUGGGAGAGGCGAACGGAGGGGAGGGGGAGAACACUAACGGAGAAGAGGAGAAGAAGGUGGCAGCAGAGGAGGCCAAACCCUCCAAGCGCCCUCGGAUCAUGCAGUGUAAAGUCACCCUCCUGGACGGCACUCUGUUUGAGUGUGAGCUCGAUGUAAGACACUUCUCAAAUACAACGUUGUCUUUUCAGCCUUGUUCUAUUAUUUUCUACUCUUCAUAUAAUUGCCCAUCAACUCUGUUUUUAACUUAAUAUUUUUUAAUGCAUAGUUGUCAGUACAGCCAGUUAUAUUUAAUCCUUACUGAAUGCUUAUUUGUGAUUGGUUGCGAGUACAACCAGUAAUAUUUCUUCCUUACUGAAUGCUUAUUUGUGAUUGGUCCCCUCUCUGUCUCCCUGUGUCGUAUAGAAACAUGCGAAGGGCUCGGAUCUGUUUGUGAAGGUGUGUGACCACCUCAACCUGCUGGAGAGAGACUACUGUGGCCUGGCCGUCUGGGAUACCCCCACCUCCAGGGUACAGUACUGGUUUAAGAAUGGGCUGCUAAUCUAUGGUGAAGUGGUGAACAGUCAUCUUAACCUUCCAAGUGAAAUGAGGGUAGAUUGCAUCUCAUCUUUGGAGAUUUCCUUUGGGAGAGAAAGAUAUGUUCAGUGAGUGGGUCGUUUUGAGUGGAGUUUGACUGCAUGUUCUUGCCCAUUAGAGAAACAGUAGCCUAUAGGAUGGAAGGUGCAGUUUCACCACAUAGGGUAAAAUUACUUUGUUACAGUACGAUGACGUUCAUUGAGUCUGUUCUCCCACUGUCAUUUACAGACAUGGCUGGAUGCCUCCAAAGAGAUCCGGAAACAGGUGGCAGGUGGGUGAUGUCAUCCUAUAUGAUGAUGUAAAUAAACUUUUCUAACUCAAAUUGCCAACAGUACUCACUCUGUAUUUUCGUCUCCAGAUUAUACAUACGAGUUCACUUUCAACGUGAAGUUCUACCCUCCUGAUCGCAACGUGAAGUUCUACCCUCCUGAUCCAGCUUCAGCUCACAGUGUCCUCCACCCCACUCUCUCUACCAUCUCUCUCACCUCUUCUCCACACCCUCCUACUCUCUCGCUCUCUCCCUCCUUUCUCUCUCUCUCACUCCACUCGCCCCCCUCUCUCUCUCUCCCUCCCUCUCCCAGGUACUACCUGUGUCUACAGCUGCGUAAGGACAUCCUGAGUGGCCUGCUGCCAUGCUCCUUUGUGACUCUGGCCAUGCUAGGCUCCUACACCGCCCAGUCUGAGCUGGGGGAGUAUGACCCAGAGGUCCACAGCUCUAAUUACACCAAGGAGCUGAGGCUGGCCCCGGGACAGGGCAAGGAGCUGGAGGACAAGGUCAUGGAGUUGCACCGCACAUAUAGGUAAGAACCAGGGGAGGACCAGACUAUAUACUGGAGUAAUGUAGAAAAGACCAGGGAGGACCAGACUAUAUGCUGGAGUAAUGUAGAAAAGACCAGGGAGGACCAGACUAUAUACUGGAGUAAUGUAGAAAAGACCAGGGAGGACCAGACUAUAUGCAGGAGUAAUGUACAAAAGACCAGGGAGGACCAGACUAUAUACUGGAGUAAUGUAGAAAAGACCAGGGAGGACCAGACGAUAUACUGGAGUAAAGUAGAAAAGACCAGGGAGGACCAGACUAUAUACUGGAGUAAUGUAGAAAAGACCAGGGAGGACCAGACUAUAUACUGGAGUAAUGUAGAAAAGACUAGGGAGGACCAGACUAUAUACUGGAGCUAUGGUGACGAAAAGACCAGGAGGACCAGAUAUAUACUGGAGUAAUGUAGAAAAGACCAGGGAGGACCAGACUAUAUGCUGGAGUAAUGUAGAAAAGACCAGGAGGACCAGACUAUAUACUGGAGUAAUGUAGAAAAGACCAGGGAGGACCAGACUAUAUACUGGAGUAAUGUAGAAAAGACCAGGGAGGACCAGACUAUAUACUGGAGUAAAGUAGAAAAGACCAGGGAGGACCAGACUAUAUACUGGAAUAAUGUAGAAAAGACCAGGGAGGACCAGACUAUAUACUGGAUAGGUAACACGUCAACUAUGACAGACAAAAUGAGGAAAAAAAAAUCCAGAAAAUCAAAUUGUAGGAUUUUUUAAUGAUUUAUUUGCAAAUUAUGGUGGAAAAUAAGUAUUUGGUCAAAUAACAAAAGUUUCUCAAUACUUUGUUAUAUACCCUUUGUUGGCAAUGACACAGGUCAAAUGUUUUCUGUAAGUCUUCACAGGUUUUCACACACUGUUACUGGUUUUUGGCCCAUUCCUCCAUGCAGAUCUCCUCUAGAGCAGUGAUGUUUUUGGGGCUGUCGCUGGGCAACACGGACUUUCAAUCCCUCCAAAGAUUUUCUAUGGGGUUGAGAUCUGGGACUGGGCUAGGCCACUCCAGGACCUGAAAGGCUUCUUACGAAGCCCACUCCUUCGUUGCCCGGGUGGUGUGUUUUGGGAUCAUUGUCAUGCUGGAAAGAACCCAGCCAACGUUUCAUCUUCAAUGCCCUUGCUGAUGGAAGGAGGUUUUCACUCAAAAUCUCACGAUACAUGGCCCCAUUCAUUCUUUCCUUUACACGGAUCAGUCGUCCUGGUCCCUUUGCAGAAAAAACAGCCCCAAAGCAUGAUGUUUCCACCCCCAUGCUUCACAGUAGGUAUGGUGUUCUUUGGAUGCAACUCAGCAUUUGCAUUAUUUGUCCUCCAAACACGACGAGUUGAGUUUUUACCAAAAAGUUCUAUUUUGGUUUCAUCUGACCAUAUGACAUUCUCCCAAUCCUCUUCUGGAUCAUCCAAAUGCACUCUAGCAAACUUCAGACGGACCUGGACAUGUACUGGCUUAAGCAGGUGGACACGUCUUGCACUGAAGGAUUUGAGUCCCUGGCGGCGUAGUGUGUUACUGAUGGUAGGCUUUGUUACUUUGGUCCCAGCUCUCUGCAGGUCAUUCACUAGGUCCCCCCGUGUGGUUCUGGGAUUUUUGCUCACCGUUCUUGUGAUCAUUUUGACCCCACGGGGUGAGAUCUUGCGUGGAGCCCCAGAUCGAGGGAGAUUAUCAGUGGUCUUGUAUGUCUUCCAUUUCCUAAUAAUUGCUCCCACAGUUGAUUUCUUCAAACCAAGCUGCUUACCUAUUGCAGAUUCAGUCUUCCCAGCCUGGUGCAGGUCUACAAUUUUGUUUCUGGUGUCCUUUGACAGCUCUUUGGUCUUGGCCAUAGUGGAGUUUGGAGUGUGACUGUUUGAGGUUGUGGACAGGUGUCUUUUAUACUGAUAACAAGUUUAAACAGGUGCCAUUAAUACAGGUAACGAGUGGAGGACAGAGGAGGCCUCUUAAAGAAGAAGUUACAGGUCUGUGAGAGCCAGAAAUCUUGCUUGUUUGUAGGUGACCAAUACUUAUUUUCCACCAUAAUUUGCAAAUAAAUUCAUAAAAAUCCUACAAUGUGAUUUUCUGGAUUUUUUUCCCUCAAUUGUCUGUCAUAGUUGACGUGUACCUAUGAUGAAAAUUACAGGCCUUUCUCAUCUUUUUAAGUGGGAGAACUUGCACAAUUGGUGGCUGACUAAAUACUUUUUUUCCCCACUGUAUCUGCCGUUAAAGCUAUUUCAGGGUGUCAGUGGUUAACUCCCUCCCUCCUCUCUCUCCCUUCACCCUCCCCCUCUCUCUUCUCUCUCAUCUUCUCGCUCUCUAGUCAACCCCUCGCCCACCCGCUCUCUCUCUCUCUCUCUCUAUAUUUCUUUCCCUUAAACCCCCACCCUUCUCUCUUCUUCCCUUCUCUCUCCACCUUCACCCUCCUCUCUCUCUGUCCCUCCACCCCCUCUCUCUCUCCCUCUCUCUCCCUCUCUCUCCACCCCUCCUCACUCUCUCGCUCUCUCUCCCUCCUUUUCUCUCUCUCUCACUCCACUCGCCCCCCUCUCUCUCUCCCAGGUACUACCUGUGUCUACAGCUGCGUAAGGACAUCCUGAGUGGCCUGCUGCCAUGCUCCUUUGUGACUCUGGCCAUGCUAGGCUCCUACACCGCCCAGUCUGAGCUGGGGGAGUAGACCCAGAGGUCACAGCUCAAUUACACAAGGAGCUGAGGUGGCCCGGGACAGCCAAUGAGCUGGAGGCAAGGUCAUGGAGUUCACCGCACAAUAGGUAAGAACAGGGGAGGACCAGGACAAAUCUGGAGUAAUGUAGAAAAGACCAGGGAGGACCAGACUAUAUACUGGAGUAAUGUAGAAAAGACCAGGGAGGACCAGACUAUAUACUGGAGUAAUGUAGAAAAGACCAGGGAGGACCAGACUAUAUACUGGAGUAAUGUAGAAAAGACCAGGAGGUAAGAAGACCAGAGGACCAACUAUAUACUGGAGUAAUGUAGAAAAGACCAGGGAGGACCAGACAUAUACUGGAGUAAUGUGAGAAAAGACCAGGAGGACCAGACUAUAUACUGGAGUAAUGUAGAAAAGACCAGGGAGGACCAGACUAUAUACUGGAGUAAUGUAGAAAAGACCAGGGAGGACCAGACUAUAUACUGGAGUAAUGUAGAAAAGACCAGGGAGGACCAGACUAUAUACUGGAUAAUGUGAAAAAGACCAGGGAAGGACCAGACUAUAUAUGGGAGUAAUGUAGAAAAGACCAGGAAGACCAACUAUAAAAUAGGACUACUGGAGUAAUGUAGAAAAGACCAGGAGGACAGACUAUGGAGUAAUGUAAAAAGACAGGAGACCAGACUAUGGAUUACCCAGUCAUGGAUAUGUAGAAAGACCGGAGGCCGACAUAUAUGAGAACUUAUGAUGAGAAAGACCAGGUUGAGGGGAGGACCAGACUAUAUACUGGAGUAAUGUAGAAAAGACCGGGAGGACCAGACUAUAUGCUGGAGUAAUGUAGAAAAGACCAGGAAACCAGACCAUAUACUGGAGUAAUGUAGAAAAGACCAGGGAGGACCAGACUAUAUACUGGAGUAAUGUAGAAAAGACCAGGGAGGACCAGACUAUAUACUGGAGUAAUGUAGAAAAGACCAGGGAGGACCAGACUAUAUACUGGAGUAAUAUGAAGAAAAUACCAGGAAGGACCAGAUUAUAUACUGGAGUAAUGUAGAAAAGACCAGGGAGGAGCAGACUAUAUACUGGAGUAAUGUAGAAAAGACCAGGGAGGACCAGACUAUAUACUGGAGUAAUGUGAAAAGACCAGGGAGGACCAGACUAUAUACUGGAGUAAUAUAGAAAAGACCAGGGAGGACCAGACUAUAUACUGGAGUAAUGUAGAAAAGACCAGGGAGGACCAGACCAUAUACACACCAUAAACAUGGUAUCAUGUAGCUGAUAAACUGCUAUGGUGUGAUAACUUCCACUUGUUCUCACGUAGUUGCUAACUUGCACCCUUACAUGUUUACAUUUGAGUCAUUUAGGAGACGCUUUUAUCCAGAGCGACUUACGUUUUUGUACUGGUCCCCUGUGGGAAUUGAACACACAACCCUGGCGUUGCAAGCACCAUGCUCUACCAACUGAGCUACACGGGACCUGUUUACAUGUACCCAUCUCUCUGUUUGUCUCCAGGUCCAUGAGUCCAGCCCAGGCAGAUAUGUUGUUUCUGGAGAAUGCCAAGAAGCUGUCUAUGUAUGGAGUGGAUCUGCACCAAGCCAAGGUACACUUUACAAUGUUCUGUAAUAAACUGUCAAUCUAGGACUUGAACAGUUCUAUCUAUAGAAGGAACUUUUUAAUAUAUAUUUUUUAAGAGCGGUCAGAAAAAGUAGUAAACUAUCAAAUCAAAGUGCAUGAUUUGGGAAUAAUAAGUUUACGCAACUCUAGCAAACCAUAGAUUUUUUAUUUCAAAAUUGCUGUCAAGCUGUCAUCAUCAAACAAGAGAUUAAUCUGUGCUGCUCAAAGUGUAGCAGAGGCUGCCUCCUAGUGGCAUGCUGCUGCAAGUGCAGGAGUCACAAUGAUGGAAAGAUGCCUAUAGCGUCUAUGAUGAGGAUAUAUAGAAAAUAUUGAUAAUCUUUACUGAAUGUACUUUUUCUGCAUGCUCACAGGAUCUUGAGGGUGUGGACAUCACGCUAGGGGUGUGUUCUGGUGGUCUCAUGGUAUACAAGGACAAGCUGAGGAUCAAUCGUUUCCCCUGGCCCAAAGUCCUCAAGAUCUCCUACAAGCGAAGCAGCUUCUUCAUCAAGAUCCGUCCCUCUGAGCAAGAACAGUACGAGAGCACAAUUGGCUUCAAGCUGCCCAACUACAAGGCCUCCAAGAGGCUGUGGAAGGCCUCAGUGGAACACCAUACCUUCUUCAGGUGAGAAAGCCACUCACCCUCAGUGAUGCUGUGGUGAACAAAUAGGUGGUGGGUAAACCGUGAUCUCCGUUCGCGGUGAGUAAAAUCAUUUCCCUAUACUUUCAGUUGAAAAGAUGAAUGGAACUAUAUAUUGAGACUGUUUAGGGCCAAAAAUAAGGGGUUAAAUACAUGUGUAUAUAUAAAAAUAAUAAUAAUAAUACAAAUCCUGAUCUUUCAGAACAAACUUCCUUUUCAUUUAUUUUUUUUGGGGGGGGGACUAUCUGUUGUUCCAUGUAGUGAAUCUGUUAUUCAAUGCGUUUGUAUGGGAUAAUAGCAGAAAGGCCAAAUACACAUUUUCAUCAAAUAAUUAAUUAAUAAAAAAUAUAUAUACUUCAAGGGGUCUUAAAAUUCAAAAUCAAAUAGCAAAAAUGAUCCUUGGUAUGACCUUCUUUAAAACAAUUCCAUAUAGCUUAGUAGACCCCCCCAUUCCCCCGGCUUAGACUGGGCUUAGACUGUAAUGGGCUAAUAAUAUUAUCUUUAAGAACUAACAAUCAGCUAAACAAAAACUAGACGGUCAGGGAGAAUUGAAAAAUCCAAAAACAAUUCAUUUAACAGUAGAGAUUUUGUUAUGUUUGAGCAAAAGAACACAGCAUUAGCCAUUGCAAAAUGCAUAGGAUUGCAGGAAAUUUGCUUUUAAAUGGCAAAAUAUUCUCUCUGUUCCAUUGCAGAAUAUGUAGUAUCGUAGGAAAUUUGCUUUAAAACUGCAACCUUUUUAGCUCCAUGGCAAAAUGUGUAGAAUUGCAGGAAAUUAGCUUUGUCUCUUAGUGCCAUGGAGAAAUUUGUAGAAUUUGAAGGAAAUUGGCUCACAAAUACAAAAGUUUCUCUACACCGCCAACAUGGGGGCCUCUAAAAUGUUCAGCUGAGCCAACGUGCGUUUAACCCUCCACUACACCACUACACCCUGCUUCCAACUAACAAGUUACCCUUAACCACAGAUCUAGGAUCAGAUUAUCCUACAAACCCAAUCCUGACCUUAACCAUUAGGACGUUAAAACAAUAUCUGAUCCCAUAUCAGUGGUUACGGGCUGGCAACUUCUACCUACUCUACUUCCUGGAUCAUCUGCCCCAUAGAGGUACAAUAAAAUAGUUCUAUUUAAUUCUGUCAUCUGCCCCCACUACUGCCCGGCAACAGGGGGCAUUCUCAGGUUACCAAUCCCUCAUGCCUUCUAAUUGGCUAAUUGGCCCCUGCAGCAUAACCUUUCUGAGAGUAACUCUAUUAGCCAUGAUGGUAGUCUACCUCCAGCUACAGUGCCGUGACAAAGUAUUUGCCCCCUUUCUGAUUUUCUAUAUUUUUGAUACUGAAUGUUAUCAGUCCUUCAACCAAAACCUAAUAUUAGAUCAAGGGAAGCUGAAAAAGGAAAAAAGUAUACUUAUUUUAUUUAUUUCAUUAACAUACUUAUGCAACACCCAAUUCCCCUGUGUGAAAAAGUAAUUGCCCCCUUACGCUCAAUAACUGGUUGUGCCACCUUUAGCUGCAAUGACUGCAACCAAAUGCUUCCUGUAGUUGUUGAUCAGUCUCUCACAUCGCUGUGGAGGAAUUUUGUCCACUCUUGCAUGCAGAACUGCUUUAACUCAGUGACAUUUGUGGUUGUAGUGUGAUGGUUUGGGGAUGCUUUGCUGCCUCUGGACCUGGACAACAAAUGUCGCUGAGUUAAAGCAGUUCCGCAUGGAAGAGUGGGACAAAAUUCCUCCACAGCGACAUGAGAGACUGAUCAACAACUACAGGAAGCGUUUGGUUGGCAUCAUUGCAGCUAAAGGUGGCACAACCAGUUAUUGAGUAUAAGGGGGCAAUUACUUUUUCACAAAGGGACAUUGGGUGUUGCAUAACUUUGUUUAUGAAAUAAAUGAAAUAAGCAUGUAAUUGUUGUGUUAUUUGUUCACUCAGGUUCCCUUGAUCUAAUAUUAGGUUUUGGUUGAAGAUCUGAUAACAUUCAGUAUCAAAAAUAUGCAAAAGUAGAGAAUAUUAGAAAGGGGGCAAGAACUUUUUCACAGCACUGUACGUGACAAGUCAGUCAUACAGGAGAAGCUCUGGAUUAAGAUGGUUAAGGUAACAUGUGAUUGGUCUAAAUCACCUGGCAGUGUGACAUUGGACAGACAUGACUAAGCUUUUAUUAAAGCUGGAGUUUGGCUGGCCCAGUGAUGUGAUUUAUUGAUUUAUCACAUCACUGGGCAAGCUAUUAUCAUGACCUAUGAAACCAAAUCAUUAUAACAAGCACAUAGUAGCGUGUCUAGAAACUGUGAGUGACUGUGUGAUUCUCCUCCCCCAGGGUGUCUUCCGUGGAGCCCCCGUCGUCCCGCUCCAGGUUCCUGGCACUGGGAUCAAAGUUCAGGUACAGCGGCCGUACCCAGGCCCAGACCCGCCAGGCCAGUUCCAUGAUCGACCGGCCCGCCCCACGCUUCACACGGUCCGCCAGCAAGAGGCUGUCCCGCACCAUCGACGAAGGUACGCGCGCGUUUGUGUGUGGUGCGUAUGCGUUUAUUACAGUAUUUUUUGUGUGUGGGAAUGUGUGUUCGUGCCAGUGCACACAACUUCAGGAUCAGUCCCUCACUAACUUGUCUCACUCUUGUAGCUGGAGAUGAUGAUCUCCAAGGCUCGCAGCUCUCUGCUAGCCCAAACAAGACCGAGGAUGACGAUAGGUUCCUCACUCUGGGGUCUGACCAACCCCAGCCCUUCUUUUCACCAGGUAGCCUAUCAGGAACCGUGUGGAUCAUCAUUGGAGUUUUGACUCAGCUUACAAUGAGCAACCUCAGUUCGGCCUUGCUAGAGAACUACAUGCUUUAGUUUUGAAAGAGCUUGAUCUAACCCUGCGCUUCUGUCAGUCCUCUCGUCAUCUCAUUUGCUCCAACCCUUACGCUGAUCUCAGGCCAGCUUGGGUCAACGUUGGUGACUCACCAAGGGCAGCUCAGAAUGACCUGUCAAUCAAUCACAGCUACAGUUACAUUGAUGCUCCAUUCACCUCUAACAGCUUAUGACUGACUAACAGCAGCUUCAGAGAUCUUGAGUCUUUUGCCCGUGUUGUGUUGCUUGUUAAAGAGAGCCUUCAGUUCUUUGGCCCCGUUGUGUUGCUUGUUAAAGAGAGCCUUCAGUUCUUUGGCCCCGUUGUGUUGCUUGUUAAAGAGAGCCUUCAGUUCUUUGGCCCCGUUGUGUUGCUUGUUAAAGAGAGCCUUCAGUUCUUUGGUUCAUGUUGUGUUGCUUGCUAAAGAGAUCCUUCAGUUCUUUGGUCUUUGUUGUGUUGCUUGUUAAAGACAGCCUUCAGUUCUUUGGUCCGUGCUUGAUGAUGGACAUCAUUGUGUCCAGGAGACUGCCGUUCCUGUUCUUGGAACUAAACGGCUAGCUCUGCAGAUCUCAGAAUUGCGUGGUAGUCUCAUACUAACUUAAUUUGCUAUCUGCCUGCCAGAUACAUUGAAUUCCAUGUGCUUACUAAAUCAGUGAGCGUUGCUCUGAAAGCCCCUGAAAUGUUGGCCUUCAGCUACUGACCUGUGGAGGGGAGCUUUUCCUUACUCUCUCCUCCAUUUUAACCUCACAAUUAACUCAUACAGUAACACCAUCACCUCAUGUUCUAUCAACAGACAGAGGGGGGGAGACUUUCUCUGUGGAGACUUCCACUCAGAGCUGGGAUGAUGGCAAGUCCGUCCAGACAGUCACACAGACAUGGCAGGAGACUGAGACAGGCCAGACGGUCAGUCGGACGGUCAGUCAGAAAUGGCAGGGAUGGGUGUCUGAGGAACAGCAGCAGGGGAGACAGGAGGAAGUUAAAGAGGAGGAUUGGUUUGUCCUGCUGGGCAGACGACCUUCCCUUCCCUAUGUCCCCUACCCCAUGAUGAAACCGCCAGGUAUCUGUUGUUAACCUCAUUCUGUACCUGGUGUAGUUGUGGUAUAGCUGAUGUCACUGUGCAUCCUCGCUUUGACAAUGAAUCCUCCGUUGAGGUGUGGUUUAGAAGUUGAAUGUGAUGGAAGGUGAAUCUGCUAAGCUUGCCACCGGCCAUGAUUACAUCUUUCAAGAUGUUUCUCUGUCAUGUAUUGGCUUAUAUUUAAUGUUGCUGUCCUAUCACUGGUGCUUGGCCCUCAUUGGUGUAGAGCUGUGACACUGUGGUAAGUAUGCUUCGCCGAUGAUGCUCUGUUUGCAGUGUGCUCACAUGCUACGUUAUCUUCCUAUGUGUAAGGGAUCCGCUCAGUUCUAAAUGUUUCUGUGAUGUCCUCAGUCAAAUACUGCUCUGCCAAGGUGGUAAAGGUAGCCAAGGCCGACAUUCUACAGAGGCUGCUACAACCAAGGCAGGAACAAAGGGAUGACUGGUUCAUGCAACUGGACCACAGCUUUGAGUUUGCAGACACACCCAUGUGAGUUCUCAUACUACAUACAUUCACUACCUGUUGUACAUUAGCACAGAAAUAUAGAGUUUUGCAGAACAGACACGAUUGUCUGUCUGGUAGAACAGGGAAUCGUCAUUUCUGUCUGCAACAUUCUGAAGGUUUCACCUCACUGAAUAGGCUACACUCCUGUUCUUCCCAUACUGAGAACCCCAAUCUGCCCCUCCUCAGUCUCUCCCCCAGUCUCCCUGGAGAAGAAGGAGACUAGGCAGGAGAGGAGGGAGGAGGUGAUCAAGAGGCUCCAGGGAGGAGUGUUCCUGGUGGAGAAGCUGAGGGAGGUGGAGGUGUUGGAGGAGAGACUGAGGGAGGUGAAGGUUCUGGAAGAACGGCUGCAGGAGGUGGAAGAGCUGGAGGAGAGGAUACAGGAGGAGGUGGAGGCCAGGCAGCAACAGGAGGAGGAGGAGGGAGGGGUAGAACAGGAGGAGGGGGAGGUAGAGGCAGCAGAAGAGAAUGUGGAGGAAGUAGAUGAGUUGGAGGAGCAGAUAAAGGAGGUGUUUCUCAAAGGGUUGCUGCCAGAUGAGUCAGGGGAAGAUGAGGGACUAAAAGAGGAGAGUAUGGAACAGGCAGAGGAAUCGGAGGAAGGGUGGUCAAAUGUCACGAGCACCUCCUCUGUGGUUCGGAGAGUAGGGCGGAGGACCCAGAAUAGUGUGAUUAUAGUGAAAGAGAUGAGGCAACAAGAAGGAGAGAUGGCGGAGGAGACAGUGGAAACAGGUGGAGGUUUCAGACGAGGGAUUGAAAGAGGAUAAAGGAGGUUUAGAGGAGAGGAAACGACAAGGCUUUGGAGGAAGGGUUGCCAGAGGGGCUUGAUGAAAGGAGAGGAGAGAGGAGGAAGAGGAAGAAGAAGGUGACUAUAGUGACACAGGAUGACAGUCUUCCAGAUGAACUAGAGCAGAAAGCAUCUGAGAAGUUGUCAGAGGACCAGAUAGGGGGGCAUUUUUAUAAAGAGGGACAACUUAUGGUGAAAUUCAAUGAACUAUUCGCGGCAGAGAAGUUAGGGUUACCGAUAGUUACGAUUCAGCAGAAGAUCGCAUACGAGGAGUGGCUCCAAGAACAGGAGAAGGUCAGGGAGGAGAAACAGCAGGAGAGAGUGGAACAGGUGAAGGUUUCGGACAAGGGAUUGAAAGAGGUGGAAGGAGGUUCUAGAGGA